UGUACCGUUCAUAGUAACGAAAUACAGUCAUAGUAAAAACCGAAGUACGUUACACAAGAAAUCACAAUUGCGCCACGAUAAUACAUAAAACGCACUAUUUAUAGCAUAUUCAAAUAACUAUGUGCUUCUUACGUACAUAAAUAUACAAGUUAAAGAAAUUUGCCUUUAAAUAAAGUGUUGAAGUACGAAUGUAUGCGCCAAUUUAAUGAAAAAUAAAUGACAAAAUAUUGUUGGCAACACUGGCGAAACACAAUUUCUAUGAAAAUAGCGUCUGGUAACCAUAACAAAAGGAAAGCCAAAACAUUUUUACCAAAAAAAAAACAAUCUACUGUAAUCUGCCUGUAUAUUAUAAAACUGUGUAAUUGGAUUUAACCGUUUAGUUUAUAACUUAUUGCUGUUUAACUUAAAAUGGCCCAAAGACAUGCCGUACAAGCAGGCGGGUUGUUUGGAGCUUCCAAUACAGCUCCAUUGUCAGCUGGAACUAAAGAUCUCCUAAAAGUAAUGAUGGAGGAAUCAAAAUUAACCAACUUUCAACGUCGAGCUUUGUCAGAUUCUCUAAAAAAGGGAAAAGCUCUUCCUCUAAAAGUUGCUCCCACAUCCAGUGAGCGGGAAAUGAGGAUUGAGAGCUUUCCUCCUCCACAGAAAGCCUUUACAAUGAGAGGACAAGCCUCCUCUUCGAUGAGGACACGGGAUGAAAUUGAGGAGAGUGGAGCUUAUGACAGACCACAGUACGUUCCUAAACCAAUAAAAUCUCUGGAUAAAGAAAAGGAAAGAUUGUCAAACAUCAUGGCUUAUGGUGAAGAUGUGAAACCGAAGAGCCAGCUACAAAAACUUGCAGAGGAAAGACAAAAGAUGAAAGAAUUACCAAGAAUUGAUAGGUUUGAAGAAGUUGAGAAAGAAAUUGAGGAAAGAAAGAAGUUUCUGGAAGACAUGGAAAGUGCCGGACAAGGCAGUAAAUAUCGACCAAUCAUAGCUUCACAAAUCUCGUUGCUUAUCAGAGAAAUGGAAAUGAUCGACAAAGAACGAUCGAAAAAAUUAGAAAGCGCAAUUAUGAACUCUGAAUCAUAAGAAUAAACUGUUAACAAUUAGUUCUAUUCUAUGUAGAACGUUAUGUUAAAAAAGCUUGUGCUUUCCAAGGGUGUUACAGUGUACGUGGGUAGAUUAAAAAUACACUGGGCCCAUGUUACCAGUGUGUGCUUUCUAAUAUUUGGUAAAUUAGUUCAUACCCCUUGUGUUAACUGUAUUCUUUAUUCAACUUGUAUUUAUUAUUUAACUGUAAAAUACUGUGAAAGUUGUCCAUGGCUACUAUUUUAUCACCGAACUUCAUUAAAUUAUACCAUUAUCCUGCUUUGCAAGACAAUGACAGUAGUUGUAACACACAUGUUCGGUUUCAUGUAACUUGUAAUGCAACUGAUAAGUAAC